AAUACUUUAUUGUUUAAUUUCUUUAUUUGUUUACACAAUUACAGGUGUACCCUCAAUCCCCGGCUAGAACGAUCCCUAUUUACUAUAUACUAACGAUGACUUACAGGGUUAAAUUGCGUGCUGCUUUUAGCGCGUCACUCAUGUAGGCCGCCUGGGCAAUGGUGUAGCCCAUCAGUUAGCAGCUUAUGCUUGCUCUUUGCAGCAAGAUUGUUUUUAUUUUUCUACUCCUCCUUUUCUUUCAGCUGCAGUUGCAGCGGAACUUUGUAUGGUUUGAUUGAUUUUCUAUUGCAAUAAAGGGCUGACUUCUUCUUUAAAAAAAAAAGCAUUUGAUCAACAUUGUAUUAUCAAACAAUCAAGGCAAAAUAAUCUCUUAUGUCCAAUUUGGUCAUUCCACAAACAAAAAGCACAAGCCAGUUUGAGUUUACCAAACACUUUGCCACUGCUUUUUGCCAUUGACAGCACUUAAAAAAAGCCAGUUUACCAAACACUCAGCUGCUUUGCUUUUCAGCUACUUUUUCUCAGAAAUAAGCAGUAGCCAGCUUUUCUGAAAAGCACAGCCAUACCAAACACACCCUAGGCCUAUCAUCACAUGUGGAUGUCGGUCGACCCAUUCACCAAAAUGACCAAAUAAUGGUUGUACAAUAUACAUGAUAUAUGUAUGGAUGUCGGUGGAGCUAAUCACUAAACAAUGGUACGUACAAAGUCAAGUCUGGCAGGCCCUUGGGACCAUCAUCACAUGUGGAUGUCGGGGGACCUGAAUCACCUGAUCACCAAAUAAUGGUAUGUACAGUUGAACAUCAUAUAUGUAUGGACACAGCUUGUUACUCUCAGCUACUUUGAUCGACCUCUCUUCUCUUUUCCGAGCUUCCAUCAAUUAAUUCCAACGCCCGUCAACAAUGGCUGAUGCUUUCGUUUCCGUGCUACUGGAACAACUGGCUUCAAUAACCUAUCAACAAAUAGAGAAAGAGGUGAGACUGGUUGUGGGGGUCAAGAAAGAAGUUGCCAAGAUCACCAGCAAUCUGAAAGCUAUUCAGGCCGUGCUCGAGGAUGCAGAGAAGAGGCAAGUCAAGGAAGCCAUCGUCAGAGACUGGCUGGAGAAGCUCAAAGAUGUGUCGUACGAGAUGGUGACUAUGUGCUUGAUGAGUGGACUACUGAGAUUCUUAUACAGCAAGUUGUUCAUCACCAACAAGGUGGUGAAGGUAGUACUAGUACUGCUGCUGCUGCUGUUACCAAGAAGAAGGUAUGUUUCUUCGUACCCUCCAACUGUUUUUGUUUUGGCCAAGUGAGUCGAGUGAUCCACUGCCGUGACAUUGCUCGUAGAAUACAAUAUCUGAGUGAUAGGUUGAAUGAGAUUGCUAGAGAAAGACAAAGCUAUAACUUUCUAAACACUGAAAGGGUCUUUGAACAACUUGAGAGGAUUGAGACUUCAUCUUUGAUCGAUCUCUCCAAGACAUUUGGGAGGGAAGAUGAAACUGAACUAGUUGUGGGUAAGUUGGUCGGCGAGAGUAGUCAAGAAGAGAGGAACCCUUUAAUUAUCCCUAUAGUAGGGAUGGGGGGUAUGGGAAAAACUUCUCUUGCCCAGAUAGUCUACAAUAAUGAAAAGGUGAAGUUAAAUUUCACAAAAAGGAUAUGGGUUUGUGUUUCAGACCCCUUUAGUGAGAUCAAAAUUGCCAAAGCUAUUAUUGCAGAUCUCAAUAAAGAUGAUGCUCCAAAUUCAAAUGAUUUGCAACCUUUAUUGAAAUGUAUACAAAGAAAUAUUAAAGGCCAGAAGUUUCUCCUCGUGCUAGAUGAUGUUUGGACUGAUGAUGACAGAAAGUGGGAACAAUUAAAGCUAUCUUUACAAAGUGGUCUUGUAGGUAGUAGAAUAUUGGUGACCACACGGAAAGAGGAAGUUGCUAUGAUGAUGGGAGUAACCUCUGUGGAUAUGAUCCAUUUGGAGAAGUUGAGUGAACAAUGUUGUUGGUCAAUAUUCUAUCACAUUGCUUUGGCCGAGAGGGAAAGAGAUGAGUCUAAAGUGUUAGAAUCUUUGGGUAAAGACAUUGUAAAACGGUGUAACGGUUUGCCUCUUCUUGCAAAGGUUUUAGGUGAUGCGCUCCAAGAAAACUAAAAAAGAAUGGCAAGAUGUUUUGAGUAGUAAGAUAUGGGGGUUAGACAAAGUGGAGCAACAAGUUUUUCAACCGCUAUUACUAAGUUACUAUGAUUUAACUCCAAUAAUCAAACGUUGUCUUUUAUAUUGUGUUAUUUUUCCAAAAGACCAUAUAAUUGACAAAAAAGUUUUGAUCAAGUUGUGGAUGUCACAAGGUCUUCUUGGUUCAGUUGGGAACAAAGAAAAAACAAUGAUAGACAUUGGAGAAUCAUAUUUCGAUAACUUGGUAAUGCGAUCUUUCUUCUAGAAUUUCGAGGAAGAUGAAUUUGGAGAUAUUAAACAGUGCCAAAUGCAUGAUAUUGCGCAUGACUUUCUUCAAUAUUUAACCAAGAAUGAAUAUUUAAUUAUUGAGGUCAAAGAUGGGGAGGAGAGAGUAGAAUUACCAGCAAACAAUAAGCUUGGUCAUUUGACUGUAGUGUUUGCACCCGAAGGACCUUUUACCCUUUCUUUUGACCAUUGCCAACGUCUGCGGACCAUUACAACAUUUAAUUGUGAAAUUACAAGUCUCAGCCGGGAGUUGAUUUUACAAUUAAAAUGCGUGAGGACGUUGAAUUUGAGUUACAACAAUAUCGAAGAGGUUCCGGACGAGGUUGGCGUGUUGUUGCACUUGAGGUAUUUGGAUUUAUCCUAUAAUUGGAGGAGGCUGAAGAGAUUACCUGAUAGUUUGUGUAAUUUAGUCAAUUUGCAAACCUUGCGAGUUGAUGAGUGCAAGGAGUUGGGAAAGUUGACCAGCUUGCAGCAUCUUCAUGCUAUGAUUCCGUCGAAGUUGAUACAGCUGAAGUUGCCCAAAUCAAUUGCGAGGUUGAAAAGUCUACGGACGCUAGAUCUGGAGUCUGUUGUAAUUGAAGGUGAAGGCGAAGGAUUGAGGUUAAGUGAUUUGAGAGACAUGGACGAGCUUCAGGGGAAGCUUACGAUCGCAUUGAAAGAUAGUGCUGCGAGUGAUGCGGAGAAAGCCAAAUUGGUGAACAAGAAACACCUUCUUCAUUUGAGACUGUGGUUCUACAGGGGGGAGAGGGACCAGAGUAGCAUCCAGGAAGCAGUAUUGAAUGCCUUACAGCCAAAUUCAAAUCUUGAAUCCUUACAGAUUGAAGGUUACGAUGGCAGCACCCUGUACUACCCCAAUUGGACCUCCUCUUUAAUUAACUUGAAAAGCCUGAGCUUCUAUAUGUGCGAUGUUUGUAAGUAUGUGCCUCUUUCGGUUUUGGCCUACUUGGGGUCCCUUGAGACACUCAGAUUUGAAGGCAUGUUUGGAGUGAAAAAGGUUGGAUUUGAGUACUCACUUGAUCAUCAAGUUAUAUUGUUCCCCAAUCUGAAACAACUCGAGUUCUAUUUGAUGUCGGAGUGGGAAGAAUGGGAUCAUCAUGAUGAGAAUGAUGCUACUUCAUCGUCACCAACUUGUUUCAUGCCACGCCUUUCUACUUUAUCCUUUAAAUGGUGCGCGAAGCUGAAGACACUGCCAGACUUCCUUCCAAGGAAGACGCUGCUGCUUCAGAAUUUGAUCAUCACCUGGUGUGACAUUCUCUCCCAAAGUUGCAAAGAAAGGCAAGGCCCGGAGUGGUCCAAGAUUUCUCACAUCCCAAACAUCCAAAUUGAGCACAAAACUGUACAAAAUGAUGGAGUUUGGAUCGAACAAGAGGAUUGAUCAACAACGUCAUCCAUCCAAUUCCUUGUCUCUCUUUUGGCUUGAGACGAAACUAGAGCAGUCCCUUGGUCUCCAGCUUUAGGAAGGCCUAAAUGAAAAUGACAAUAGGAGAUAAAGUUUACAACUUAACGUAUAUGUGGAUCUGAAGAAGCUUACUGCUUCAGUUUUACAAAACCUGACAAUUUCCUGUUUCUUCAUCAACCAAGCAAUAGAAGGGAAAAAAGGAUUCACCAAUUUAAUCCACGUACAAUGUAAAUUUGAACUUCUAUUGUUCAUUAUACUCCA